UUCUUGUUUUGUUUUGGGUCUGCAAUUGCUCUUAUCAAAUUGUACAUAAAAAAAUAGUUUUAAUUUGGUUUUACUUGUUCUGGCAAAAUGCCCGACUCUAUGGAAGAUCCUGCCACAGUGUCUUUAAGGAUAUGUCUGGAGGGUCAUGCCAAUGCUUUAGCUCUAAACAAGGAUUACACACAAAUUGCCGUGGCCGGGCGCAGCUUGCUAAAGGUGUAUUCUAUUGACAAUUAUGGCUUCACUGAAUCCUGCAAUAUGCGCGGUGGCAAAAACCAAAAUCUUAGCUAUUCAUCAAACGAUGUCUCCUGGAGCACACUGGAUAGCAAUCUAUUGGCUACGGCUGCCACUAAUGGAGUAGUUUCUGUUUGGGAUUUAUCGAAAUUUGGACGACAAAAGCAGCUGCUAGUCUACAAUGAGCACGAACGGACAGCCCAUACGGUGACAUUUCAUAGCAGCGAGCCGAAUAUUCUGAUCUCAGGAUCACAAGAUGGAACCAUUAAAUGCUUUGAUAUACGCUCAGAUAAAUCGGUCAAUACAUACUUUAGCAAUUCAGAAUCCGUGCGCGACGUUAAGUUCAGUCCUCAUACACAAAACAUAUUCUCUGCAGUGUCCGAGAAUGGAACAGUACAAUUGUGGGAUAUGCGGAAGUGGGAUAAGUGCAUGGUUCAAUUUACCGCUCACAGUGGACCCAUAUACACAUGCGACUGGCAUCCGACAAGGAAUUGGCUGGCCACCGGUAGCAGAGAUAAACAGAUCAAAGUUUGGAAUAUGGAUGGUCGUCCUGGACUCGAGUAUACAAUCCAUACCAUUGCAGUUGUCGGUCGUGUCAAAUGGCGACCAGAAAGAACUUAUCACAUUGCCAGCUGCGCUCUGGUGGUGGAUUACAGUAUCCAUGUGUGGGAUAUACGUCGUCCCUUUAUACCAUUUGCCUCCUUUAACGAUCAUACCAAUGUCACCACUGGCAUUGCUUGGCAGGGAGAUUCGCACUGCUUGCUCUCUACCAGCAAGGACUCGACGAUAUAUAAGCACGCCUUUAAAGAUGCCACACGGCCAGCACUGAAGGCCAAUGCUCAGGGUGCUAGUCUGGGCAGGCAUGGUGAUAUAUCGUUUGCUCAAAAAAUUAAAGAGUAUGCCGUAAAGACAAGUGGCGUAACCAAUACAAAAACUACAAGCUUUAAAAGUCGCUCAAAAACACCUGUGGCCGGUAGCAUGCAAUUCCAUUUGGAUCAUUCCAAAAUGUACAAAUUUAGACUGAAGGAUGUAGAGCCUCAUUCACAAGCACUUAGCGAACAUGAAUCUUUUAUAGGCUGUGCCCAGGAUCUCUUGAUAAGCGGCAAAAAACUGGCCGAUCUGUGUGAUCACAAUGCGGAUGUCUGUCGUAAAUACGGGAAACAUAAUGCCACCACACUGUGGAAUUUUAUAAAGCUUUUUUAUGGUACCAAUCAUUUUGAGCCACCUUUUGAGCAUCGCGCAUCUUUCUCAACCAAUUCAAGACGCGCCACUCAGGUGCAAAGCGAUUGGACUAUGCCACAGCGUGGCGAAAUGGGUCAGGACUUGAAUGGCAACAAUCAAGAGGCACCGCAUGAAAUCGGUGCCGAUUCCAGUGUGGACAUCGAUGAUGAGCAUGAACAUCCACCAACUAGUUCGGUCAUACUCUCCGAGACUCAAAUCCUUAGCGAAAUAACAUUUGAUAAUUUUGAACUUCUGCGGAAUGGCUUUAUUUACGUUGGUCCCACAUCAGAUGUAAGCAAGGCACUAGCAUUUCCUGCCCUCCAUCACGAUGUACAGGCAGCCAGAGCCCAAGUGGAUCUCAAGGCGAAUGAACAUGAAAAGUCACCGCCUCCGCAUGUGCCCACCGUACUGAAAGUCCCCCAUGUGCCCAUACCCAUGUGGGAACCCCAUAAAUUUGUGGCCGAUGCUCUAAUGCUGCAAAACGAUGUUGGCGAUGUUCAAACAGCUCUUACAGUGAUAAUUGCUUUGGGAGAGGCACGCAAACUGCUGCCACUAGAAGAUGCUCUGGUGGAGCAUUGGUUUCAUGCCUAUGUCGAUCAACUGCAUCGCUAUGAACUUUGGAAUGAGGCUGGCGAGGUGAUUAAUCGCUCUUGGUUGCGUUCGGUGCGUCAAUUGAAUCAACAGUCAACCACCAUGCACACAAACUGCGGUAAAUGUUCCCGUCCUUUGGCCGGACACGUUGGUUGGCUGUGCGAUAAAUGUAAAUCGAUGCAAUCGGCCAAAUGUUGUGUCUGCGGUCUAAUUGUUCGUGGAAUCUAUGCGUGGUGCCAGGGCUGCUCCCAUGGCGGUCAUAUCGAGCAUUUACAAAAAUAUUUUGCCCAACACUCCAAGUGCCCAACAUGUGGCCAUUUGUGUGCAUAUUCGUGAUACCAAGAGGAAGUACAAUUAGGCAUUGUUAAUUAGUUUUGAAUGUGAUUUUCUUUUUUUCAUUUAGUACAUAGGAUGUAUAUAUAAUAUGUAUUUUGGGCUACUUGAUGAAAGUGCUCUUAAAAGGCAAUAUAACUACUACCUUUACUCAGUUGGUUGGUUGUUUGAUGGAUAGUUCAUUCAUUCAUUCAUUCAAUCAAUCGAUCGAUCAGUAGCAGAAAGGGGAGAAAAAAUUAUAAUAUUGAGAAUUCUGUAAGAAUUGAGAAA